UUAUUGAGUAUUUGAGAAGGGACAAAUUAAGACGGCAUUGUCUUUUGUUGAUGCCUGUGAACGAGUAAGGAGCAUGAAUUGGAAUUCAUGUAUAACUUUGUCAAGAAAUUAAAAUUGAUGACAUUUUGAGAAUUGUGUUUGACUGCGCGCUAGCUUUAGAUAGUAUACAGUCCCAUAGAGAACCGGCGGACGCAUAACUGCUUUGUGCUGACGUGCAAAGGAGAAAUUUGCUACACGUGGUCCUUCGAGCCGGAUCUUUUAUUUGGAAAAUUCAAGUUCGGUAGUUGGAAAGAACAAUGGAAGAAUUAAUGAAAAAGAAAUGAGUGCGCUCAGGACAUAGGGGAUCGGCGAGAAAAAUCGCCAGUAAAUUGAAAGACAAAAUAAGAGGAACAGACGGUGAGAUCGAUAGAAAUGAAUUGAAACAUUUACGAGUCGGGUUAAAUGAUAAAAUUGCAACAUUGAAAGUCUUUGAUGAAACGGUUAUCGAACUCCUGACGAAAUAAUCGAAGAAAAUGUGGAAGAAGAACUGGGUAAAGAAAUAGAAGAUGCGGAUGAGAUACGAGCGGAAUUCGGGAGACUAAUUUUGGAUUCAAACGAUAUCAUCAACGAGUCAAUUCCUCCAGUUGAAACGGCAACAAGGGCAUUGAAUGACACAUUGAAUAGCAGUUCGAGUAAAGAGACGCAAAGAGUUAUUCGAGCAAAACUCCCAAAGCUGGAAGUAAAGAAAUUUAGCGGAUGGUUACAGGAAUGGCAAGAGUUUUGGGAUUCGUUCGACAGUGCGGUGAAUAGCAAUGAUAGAUUGGCGGACGUAGACAAGUUUGCGUACUUGAGGAGUCUUUUACUCGAACCCGCAAAAUCGACAAUAUCGGGAUUUGCGUUAACUUCGGCGAACUAUCGCGAAGCAGUAGAAUUAUUGAAAGGUAGAUACGGCAAAAAGAACGUGAUCCAGAAAGCACACAUCCAGGAGCUGAUGAAUGUUAAAUCCAUAAGGGACGAAGGAGAUAUCGACAAGCUACGGUUAUACGACACCUGCGAGACGAACUACCGUGGGCUAAAGGCCCUAGGAGUUGACGAAGCCGCGUAUUCAGCAAUCGUAGUACCAGAAGUUAUUGCGAAGUUACCGGACGCCUUUCGAUUCACGAUUACAAGAGGCCACGAUUUUGCUGAGUGGUCAAUGAAAGAUGCGUUGAAUGCGAUUCUUAAAGAGUUAGAGCAUCGAGAAGCUCACAAGCCGAUCGGAGAAAGGAGCAAGGGAAAUGACGGGGAGAAACUACGAGAAAGAUCGAGACAUUAUAGACAAAUCGGGUCGGCGUCAGCGCUUCACGCAAAACACGAAGGUCGCAACGAGGGGUCAACAAACGAUAAAGCAGCACGAAACUGCGUUUAUUGUCUCGGGGAACACAGACCGGAGGAAUAUAAGAAAGUCAUUAAUGUAAAUGAGAGAAAACAGCUGAUUCACGGACUGGGAUUUUUGGCUUGUUGUUUUAACAUCGAAAGAGCAAAAAACAUUGAAUGGCUAAGAAUUUUUUUGACUAACAAGAGUUCAUGCACCAUACUUAUCCAAGAUGAGCACAAAAUCAAAAUGUAAAUUUUAUAUAACUUUAUAGCUAUGUUAUUUGAUCAUGUAACUAAAGUCUGUUGCAAACUAGUGCACGCACCAAGACCAUUCCAUUUAAUCUUCACAUCUCAAGUUGAUUUUCUUUAACACGUAACAUAUCAACAUCUAGUUGUUGAUCAACGACAA